GCUCCCUUCCCCCAAAUUCCAAUCGUUUCACCCCGGCCGCUAGCCAAUGAACUUCUCAGAUCCAAUUCAUUCAGCUAUCGGUCUCACUCAUGCUUCUCCAAACGCACAGUUUAUUGGUUCUGCGUCUCAGCAUGAACUGAUCGUCCGGUUGUCUUCAAAUGUUCAGGUUAUUCGUCUUUACGAUUGCCUGGAUAUCAUUCAUUCUUUCUCAUGGUCUCCUGACUCUUUAUAUAUUAUGUGUCUCUUGAAGAAACGUUGCAUUGUACAGGUGUUUUCGAUCGAAAAUCCCGAGUGGACAUGCAAAGUUGAUGAAGGCUCUGCCGGUUUACUAUCUGCUGCUUGGGCUCCCGAUAGCCAACAUUUUCUGACUACCACAGAAUUCUAUAUUCGAAUAAAUGUCUGGUCUCUCUCUGAAGUAUCAGUAUGUUAUCUGAAGCAUGCAAAGGCUUGUUCUGGAAACUUUGCCUUUUCUCCAGGUGGGCGAUACCUUGCAUUGCUGGAGCGUCGAAGUUUUCACGAUUAUUUGAGUAUUUUUGAUUGCCGCGCGGACUGGAACUUACUGCGAAAUUUUCAGCUGGAUACGCAUGACUCCGAUGGUUUGCUGUGGUCUCCUGACGGCCGUUAUCUUGUCAUUUGGGAUGGAUGCCUGCAUUAUCGAGCCGCAGUGUACACUCUCGAUGGUCGCCACUUGCACACUUUUUCGGCCUACGAACCUGGGCGUGAUUUUCUCGGUAUAAAGUCUGUUUGCUGGUCUCCAACUGGACAACUUCUGGCUAUUGGCAGCUACGACCAGAAAUGUCGAAUCCUAAACCAUUUCAAUUGGUCGUGCUUGGCUUCUUUGGCACAUCCAGUGGAUCAAUCUAUCAAUCCAUAUCUGGGCCUUGGGCCAUCUGGGAGGGUACUUCACUUGGAUGAUAACAUUGGACCCGGAGUUAGUGAUCAUCCUUUACACAACUACAGGCCUCACCGCGUUGACGUAUAUGAGGAAGUUCGCCAUGAGCAACAAGCUCAAUCAGUCGCCUAUUGUCUACGCAGUGAACCCAUUACCAUCCAAUCAAUCCGUGUGGAUCCAAAGCUUCCGUUUCCAAAGGUCGGUAUCGGAUUGGUCGCCUUUUCUUCCGAUGGACGCUAUUUGGCCACUCGCAAUGACAACGCUCCGCAUGUCGUUUGGCUGUGGUCCAUCGAUCACAGAAUCAGCUUAUUCAGUUUAUUGGUACAUACAAGCGGACCAGUGCGUUCGCUCGCCUGGGACUCCUCCUCACCUGCUCGACUUGCUCUGUGCACAGCGUCGGAUUGUUUUUUUAUGUGGACUCCGCAAGGAUGCUUAGUCGUCCAGCGGCAAGCAGCCCCUGGCUGAUUUCAACACGGUUCUGCUUCUGAUCGUUAGUCAACGAACGAGGUACGAAUUUCACACUGACAAGACGCUUCUCAGGUUUGUCACUCAAAAAUUGAUUACAUCAUUCUGCGCUGAUGCCCACUUCGUCGUUAACUUCCCUUAAAAUUAAACAACAAUUUCUACGGUUCGCAACACGAACUCUGUC